AUGUCAGUGAUCAACGCCUGGCUUCUGUAUAGAAAGGACUGCAACAUAGCACGUGUAACGUCAAAACCGCUAAAGGAGUUCCGUAUGGAAUUAGCCAAAUCGUUGGCCAACGCAGGAAAACAAGUCCGUGGUAGACCAACCAUUUCCUUGACUAGAAUACUUUGUCACACAAGUCGCAAGCAAACCUUUUCUCUGAAUGGACUAUUUUGUGCUUUCGUAAGUUUGAAGGAGAAGAGAAUGCUUUGGAGCAUGUUGGGCAGUUGUAGCACUUCGGCUCAGAGUCAGGUUCUUCCCUUUCCUUUUUUAUCUGCGACCUAA